UCUAUAAGUAAAAAUACUAAAAACAUGACUUAAUAGUUAUACUUCUUUAUACUUGACACAUUAUUAAAAUUAAUCAUAAAUAUUCAGAUUUCUACAGUCUAAGCAUUUAUCUCGCAGUACUUUGUUGUUUAUUUUGUAUUUAAAUGUUACAUUGAAAAAGAACAUUCUAAUUUUAUCCAAUAGAAACUUCUCAUUUUGACUGAACAACAGAAACAUGAGUUCUUUGACAGGACAAAGUACUGUUCAGUAACAAAUAGUAAUAUUCCUCCAUACCUUUGUAUGUACAAUUAAUUUAUCAGGAUAUUAAAUUUAUCUACAAACUUUAAAGAAAUAUAAAUCAUAUUCUUACUUUCAUGGAUAUGUGUCAUGUAUCAUAUAUUAUAUAAAAUAAAUAAUAUUUAACCUAUUGUAUGAAAGAAAUUUCUGAAAUAAAUUUAAAUCUUAUAAAUUAUAUAUUGAUUUAAAAGAUAUUAAAAGUAGAACAGCUAUGAAUUCGACAGAAAAAUAUAAAGAUUUGUUACCUAUAAACAGUGUUUAUAAUGAAGAUGAUACUGUAUUUAAAUCUCAAUUUGUUGGACUUGAUGAUAAACCUUACAAUACAAAAUGUGUUUUGUGCGAUGAAAAAUUCGUUCUUCCAAAAAAUGAAAAAGAAUUGUUGUCUCAUUUAUUUGAAAAACAUCGUCUUGUAAUAGGAGAUGUUUGGAAUAUUGCUAGUUUAAAAAGCUAUAUACAUUAUUGGAGUGUGAAAUUUAAGGAAGAGCCUUUAACUAAAUUCUGUACAACAAUGUUAAUGGAUUGCACCCCUGAUGGAGAACCAAGUAAAAAUGAAAAAUAUUAUCUACUUUCUGAUUGUAUUUCAGAAGAUAAAACUUUAAGACAUGAAAUACAUCAAGCUAAACUGGAAUGGGUUUUAUCAGAACAAGCAAGAGAAAGGAAAGAUACAAACUUUAAUCGUGGUUGCAUGUUUUGUAGAACAGAAUUUUCAGGUUUACGUAUUACGUAUAUAAAGCACUUAGCCCAAAAACAUAAUUUAUACCUUGGGAAACCAGAUAAUUUGGUAUUCAUAGAUGAAUUUUUAGAUAAAAUUCAAACAGCUAUUGAAAGUUUGAUAUGCAUAUAUUGUGAAAAAUUGUUUAAAGAUCGUACAGCUUUAAAGGAACAUAUGCGUAAGAAGUUACACAAAAGGAUAAAUCCAAAUAAUAAAGAGUAUGAUAAAUUUUAUAUAAAUAAUUACUUGGAACCUGGAAAAUCGUGGAGACAUAAACAGAAUACUCACACUGAAAAUGAUGUGGUAGGAGAUCAAAGCAGUGAAAAUGAGGAUGAAGAUACCUGGUCAGAUUGGAAUGAUGAAGGCAUUGGAAUAUCUUGUUUGUUCUGUACUUACAGUGAUAAACAUUUCCAUCAUAUUCUUACACAUAUGAAAGCAGAACAUGAUUUUGAUUUUAAAAUUGCAUCAAAAGAUUUAACAUUUUAUCAAAAAGUAAAAGUAGUUAAUUAUGUCAGAAGACAAAUUCAUUUAAAACAAUGUGUCUUUUGUGAAAUGAAAGUGGAUACUGUUUUGGAACACAUGAAGGAAGAAAAUCAUUUUAAGAUACCUUCACAAAAAGUGUGGGAUCAACCAGAGUAUUAUUUUCCUAUGAAUGAAAAUGAAUCCUUUUUAUAUAAUUUGGAUACAAGUAGUACUAGUGAUGAAGAAAGUGAUAUUGAAAAUGCUACAGAGACAAUGUAUGAAACACUUAAAUAAUAAAGACUUUCUGAAAAAUAUAAAAA